GCUCCAGCUCUCAUUUGGUAAUCUCUCCAUCACGUGAUCCUCGGUCGCUUACGAUUCCGGUUAUGGCAAGUACCUUGGCCAGUGCUCUCUCUCUGUAGGCUCUGACUGGUGGUUCCCCGUAGCUUACCCGACAGCCGCAACAUCAAACCAUCAAAUCAGGCCAUCGACAAAUCCCUCUCUCUUCACCCAAACCCGACGUCACAACAACGAACCUCUCCUCUCUACCACCCCAAUUGUCGUCGCCAUGUUUUUGCAGCGCUCCGCCAUUAUGGCUGCCCGCCGGGUGGCCGUCGCUCCCCUCGCCAGACGCACCUUCGCGACCUCCAUGAUCCGCCGCGACGCCAACUCCUCUACCCCCGCCAAGCCCUACAAGACCAUCACCGAGAUCAAGGGCGAGGACGACCUUCACGGACCCGGUGCCAAGCCCGGCACCAUCCCCACCGAUCUCGAGCAGUCCACCGGUCUCGAGCGUCUCGAGAUUCUCGGAAAGAUGGAGGGCGUCGACGUCUUCGACAUGCGCCCCCUCGAUGCUUCCCGCAAGGGCACCGUCGAGAACCCCAUCCCCGUCCGUUCCGCCGGUGAGGAGCAGUACCUCGGUUGCACCGGUGUCCCCGUCGACUCCCACGUCACCAUCUGGCUGACCAUCUCCCGCGACCGCCCCAUCGAGCGCUGCCCCGAGUGCGGCUCCGUCUACAAGAUGGAGUACGUCGGCCCCACUGAUGACCACCACGGUCACGACCACCACCACGGCUACGAGGAGCCCAAGACCUUCGCCGACUUCGUCAAGCCCGAGUACCGAUACCAAUAGAUGCUUUUCGCGGGUGGCGAGCACGUAGCAAAGAGACUGGAGGCGAGACGGCAUCGGGGGUGCUCUGGAGUGAGCACGGAAGAUGUGUAGAUUACCUUUAAGUUGUGGCUGUAUAGAACCUUUUUCUCCCGAUUCAUGUCUCCUGACUCCCGCGGGUUUUGUGUGACAUCCGCCAGGCCGUUUGUGA